AUGGAGAUGGACUGUGGAGGUCAAAGUAAUGAUCCCCCAGCGUCCCCGAUGAUGAAUGGACCCAGCCAGAAGGAGAGAACAGAAAUUACCAAGAAAUCAAAGGAAUUGAUGACACCAGCUGUAGCAGACGAAAAGGACGGAACCAUCCAGCGCCAGACCCGGAUCAUCGAAAGCCAGGCCCAGCAAAUAAAGGAGCUGAGACAGUUAGGGACCAAAACAGCAAAGUCUAGGAAAAGACGCAUCGACAAAACGAACAAAACCGACAAGACGGAUGACUUCCCACCUCUUCCAAAAGCAAAAUCAAAAUUCAAGUUGUCAGUCCCCUCAAACCCUUCUGCCCCGUUAAACGUAUCAACUUCUUCUACCACUUGUCCUAUGACGGUCGAUGCAGAGACCACAUCUUCUCAAUCUUUGGCCACUGCAUCGACUGACGGUGCAUUAUCUCAACAAUCUCACAUUGCUGGUGAGUUGAUCAGCACAGCACCCCGCCAGGGGCGAAUCACGCCCAUUGUUUUGCGUGAUGCGACCAAGUGGCGACAUCUAAACUGCACCUAUAUAAGCUUAGACAUUAAGAUAGAACGUUGCCGUUGA